AUGUCAGAGCCCGCCAGCCCGGGCGAGAGCCAGCGCGGCGCUCCCAGAUUCUUCGUGGGCUGCGAGGACGAUGAGAGCGAGGGCCUGGAGGACUACGACGGCUGUAGCAUGAGGACAGACAUGGAGCUGUACGAGGACGACGAGGACGCAGACUCGGUGAGACCGCUUGAGACGAGACAACACAAGAUUACAUCAGGCCUCAUGAUGUCAUAUGAAUCACCCGCAUGAAAGUACAUUAGACAACUAGCCCUGAUAUGGUAACCUCCAUUACUAUUAGAUACCAUCACAAUGGAGGCUACAGAUAUUAGGGAUAAUUCCACAGCACAAUAUCAUGGAAGACAUGAGACUAUUCAACUGUAAAGCACUUUUGUGACAACUGUCAGUUUUUCCAGUCGGUUGACUAAUUGUAAAGCUACACAAGACUGUGUCGGCAAUAGAUAAAGUAGCCUAACUUAUUAAAGUGAUCUCCCUCCCUCCCUCCCUCUCAGCCCCCGGAGCGACAGAUCGUGGUGGGGAUCUGUUCCAUGAUGAAGAAGUCCAAGUCUAAGCCCAUGACCCAGAUCCUGGAGCGGCUGUGCAGGUUUGAGUACAUCACUGUGGUCAUCUUCCCCGAGGACGUCAUUCUUAACGAGCCCGUGGACAAAUGGCCGCUGUGUGACUGCCUCGUCUCCUUCCACUCCAAAGGUGGAACACACAGACACACACACCAACUCUGUUCACUGAUGAAAGCACUGUAUUCAACUUAAUUUACCACACCCAUUAUUCUAUACUCAAAAAAGUGAUUACACAUAUAGUACCAGUCAAAACUUUGGACACACCUACUAAUUCAAGGGUUUUUCUUUAUUUUCACUAUUUUCUACAUUGUAGAAUAAUAGUGAAGACAUCACAGCUAUGAAAAACACAUAUGGAAUCAUGUAGUAACCAAAAAAGUGUUAAACAAAUCCAAAUAUAUUUUAUAUUUGAGAUUCUUCAGAUAGCCAGCCUUUGCCUUUAUGACAGCUUUGCACACUCUUGGCAUUCUCUCAACCAGCUUCACCUGAAAUGCUUUUCCAACAGUCUUGAAGGAUUUCCCACAUAUGCUGAGCACUUUUUGGCUGCUUUUCCUUCACUCUGCGGUCCGACUCAUCCCAAACCAUCUCAAUUGUGUUGAGGUCGUGGGAUUGUGGAGGCCAGGUCAUCUGAUGCAGCACUCCAUCACUCUCCUUCUUGGUCAAAUAGCCCUUACACAGCCUGGAGGUGUGUUGAGUCAUUGUCAUGUUGAAAAACAAAUGAUAGUCCCAAUAAGCCCAAACCAGAUGGGAUGGCGUAUCGCUGCAGAAUGCCUUGAAUGUGCCUUGAAUUCUAAAUAAAUCACACACAGUGUCACCAGCAAAGUACCCCCACACCAUCACACCUCCUCCAUGUUUUACUGUGGGAACUACACAUGCAGAGAUUAUCCGAUUACCAACACCGCGUCUCACAAAGACACGGCGGUUGGAACCAAAAAUCUCCAAUUUGGACUCCAGACCAAAGGACAAAUUUCCACCGGUCUAAUGUCAAUUACUCGUGUUUCUUGGCCCAAGCAGGUCUCUUCUUCUUAUUGGUGUCCUUUAGUAGUGGUUUCUUUGCAGAAAUUCGACCAUGAAGGCCUGAUUCACACAGUCCCCUCUGAACAGUUGAUGUUGAGAUGUGUCUGUUACUUUGAACUCUGUGAAGCAUUUAUUUGGGCUGCAAUUUCUGAGGCUGGUAACUCUAAUGAACUUAUCCUCUGCAGCAGAGGUAACUGUGGGUCUUCCAUUCCUGUUGCGGUCCUCAUGAGAGCCAGUUUCAUCAUAGCGCUUGAUGGUUUUUGCGACUGCACUUGAAGAAACUUUCAAAGUUCUUGAAAUGUUCCGUAUUAACUGACCUUCAUGUCUUAAAGUAAUAAUGGACUGUCGUUUCUCUUUGCUUAUUUGAGCUGUUCUUGCCAUAAUAUGGACUUGGUAUUUUACUAAAUAGGGCUAUCUUCUGUAUACCCCCCUACCUUGUCACAACACAACUGAUUGGCUCAAACGCAUUAAGAAGGAAAGAAAUUCCACAAAUUAACUUUUAAGAAAGCACACCUGUUAAUUGAAAUGCAUUCCAGGUGACUACCUCAUGAAGCUGGUUGAGAGAAUGCCAAGAGUGUGCAAAGUUGUCAUCAAGGCAAGGGGUGGCUAUUUGAAAAAUCUCAUAUAAAAUACAUUUUGAUUUGUUUAACACUUAUUUGGUUACUACAUGAUUCCAUAUGUGUUAUUUCAUAGUUUUGAUGUCUUCACUAUUAUUCUACAAUGUAAAAAUAAAGAAAAACCCUGGAAUGAGUAGGUGUGUCCACAUUUUUGACUGGUACUGUAUUUAAACAGUCACAUGCUACUACAUCUCUCUCACACACACACACACACACACACAAAAGACAGCCCUUUCUCGUACCACACUGUGACAGCAUUACUCCUCUUCAACCCAGCAUGAGUAAUUCUGUCUGACACAACAACAGCCUGUUUAGACUAAUAGGUGACUACAUUUGCUACCAUUUUUUUGACAAAAUGUUGAAGAGAAACCCAGUUGAGCAAUGUUUGCCCACUGGACUGCAUUAAUUUAAAUUACUUUCACUUGUCCUACUUCAUUAAUGUGUCCCAUUCUUGACCCUGGCAAAGUUUGCACAUACUGCGUAGUCUGCGUAUAGGAUUGGCUAACAAUUGUUAUUGCAUUUGAAUUUGUAGGAUUCCCGCUGGACAAGGCUGUGAGCUACGCCAAACUCCGAAACCCGCUGCUCAUCAAUGACCUGAACACACAGUACUACAUACAGGACAGGUACAACCAGCGCCGGAGAUGCAUACUGUAGGGUUGUCAUGACAACAGUAUCAUGGCGAGCUAAUAAAACAAGAAGCAAACUUCAUUUCAUGAGGAAAACGGUCCUGAUGUUGGAAACAAACAGACUUAUUCUAUCACCCAGAGCCACGUGUUUAUUAUCCAAGCAAUAGGACAGAAUAUUUGCCAUAUUUGCCAUGUAUCGUGACAACCCUAUCAUACUGUAUAGAUGUGUGUAGUUAUCACAGAGCCUCAUGGUUAAUACUGGGCUAUUCUGGAGGGCUUAUGUGGAAUAAGGACAGUUGAUGUGUUUUAUAUUGAUGAAGUCAUGACCGUAUGAUGUUGUAUUGUUAUUAUAAAUUCAAGAAUUACUGGUGGUGGUGUGUGACCAGCAUUGGUGGCACUGGUGUCACAUGGUGAUUUGUGCGAUCUUAGAUAUACAGCGUUGACGUUAAGUGAGAUGGCUGACUAUCUCUCUGUUGAAUGCUGAAUGUUGUGUGUUGUCUGUUUUGUAGGAGGGAGGUGUAUCGUAUCCUGCAGCAGGAAGGCAUCGAUCUACCCCGCUACGCUGUGCUGAACCGCGACCCAGAUAAACCAGACGGUCAGUGUGCGCUCCCCAAAGGUCAUGCGUUGGCGUUCCCAUUAGGAAUGGUCAAUAUUCUGUCCCUGUCGCCUCUACUGGUCCUAUGCCUUUCUGGUCACUCUUAAACCCCAGUCAAAUCACUCACUUGUAUCCUUUUCACAUUACUGAGCCAAGCCAAGCUGUACUGGAGUGGCCUGGUUAUCCAUCCACCGCAUUUGCUGGAACUGUGUUAGAAAGGACAAUGUGAAAAGAAAAGAACUGAGCCAGUACAGUUCUUAUCAGCCCUAUAGUGGGAAUCAGUCAUUAGGUUCCAAGACAACUGGGCGUGUUCAGCAGGGCACAAUGUUGUAGAACGUUAUGAUAGAAAUGCAUACACUGAGUGUAUAAAACAUUAAGAACACCUUCCUUAUAUUGAGUUGACCCCCCCCCCCCCCCCACACACACACCUUUUGCCCUCAGAACAGCCUCAUUUGUCGAGCCAUGGACUCUACAAGGUGUCGAAAGCGUUCCACAGGGAUGCUGGCCCAUUGACUCACUGUUUUGAUGCUCCCAGACUUGACCCCUGUGCGUCUGACCCCUGUGCUUCUUAGGCAAGGAGUAUUGACCCCUGUGCUUCUUAGGCAGGGAGUAUUGACCCCUGUGUUUCUUAGGCAGGGAGUAUUGACCCCUGUGCUUCUUAGGCAGUGUGUAUUGACCCCUGUGCUUCUUAGGCAGUGUGUAUUGACCCCUGUGCUUCUUAGGCAGGGAGUAUUGACCCCUGUGUUUCUUAGGCAGUGUGUAUUGACCCCUGUGCUUCUUAGGCAGGGAGUAUUGACCCCUGUGCUUCUUAGGCAGGGAGUAUUGACCCCUGUGCUUCUUAGGCAGUGUGUAUUGACCCCUGUGCUUCUUAGGCAGGGAGUAUUGACCCCUGUGUUUCUUAGGCAGGGAGUAUUGACCCCUGUGCUUCUUAGGCAGUGUGUAUUGACCCCUGUGCUUCUUAGGCAGGGAGUAUUGACCCCUGUGUUUCUUAGGCAGUGUGUAUUGACCCCUGUGCUUCUUAGGCAGGGAGUAUUGCUCACUACUUACAUAGUGUUGUAUUCUCCUCAGGAACUUCUACUAUACAGUGGGGAGAACAAGUAUUUGAUACACUGCCGAUUUUGCAGGUUUUCCUACUUACAAAGCAUGUAGAGGUCUGUAAUUUUUAUCAUAGGUACACUUCAACUGUGAGAGAUGGAAUCUAAAACAAAAAUCCAGAAAAUCACAUUGUAUGAUAUUUAAGUAAUUAAUUUGCAUUUUAUUGCAUGACAUAAGUAUUUGAUCACCUACCAACCAGUAAGAAUUCCGGCUCUCACAGACCUGUUAGUUUUUCUUUAAGAAGCCCUCCUGUUCUCCACUCAUUACCUGUAUUAACUGCACCUGUUUGAACUCGUUACCUGUAUAAAAGACACCUGUCCACACACUCAAUCAAACAGACUCCAACCUCUCCACAAUGGCCAAGACCAGAGAGCUGUGUAAGGACAUCAGGGAUAAAAUGGUAGACCUGCACAAGGCUGGGAUGGGCUACAGGACAAUAGGCAAGCAGCUUGGUGAAAAGGCAACAACGGUUGGCGCAAUUAUUAGAAAAUGGAAGAAGUUCAAGAUGACGGUCAAUCACUCUCGGUCUGGGGCUCCAUGCAAGAUCUCACCUCGUGGGGCAUCAAUGAUCAUGAGGAAGUUGAGGGAUCAGCCCAGAACUACACGGCAGGACCUGGUCAAUGACCUGAAGAGAGCUGGGACCACAGUCUCAAAGAAAACCAUUAGUAACACACUACGCCGUCAUGGAUUAAAAUCCUGCAGCGCACGCAAGGUCCCCCUGCUCAAGCCAGCGCAUGUCCAGGCCCGUCUGAAGUUUGCCAAUGACCAUCUGGAUGAUCCAGAGGAGGAAUGGGAAAAGGUCAUGUGGUCUGAUGAGACAACAAUAGAGCUUUUUGGUCUAAACUCCACUCGUUGUGUUUGGAGGAAGAAGAAGGAUGAGUACAACCCCAAGAACACCAUCCCAACCGUGAAGCAUGGAGGUGGAAACAUCAUUCUUUGGGGAUGCUUUUAUACAAAGGGGACAGGACGACUGCACCAUAUUGAGGGGAGGAUGGAUGGGGCCAUGUAUCGUGAGAUCUUGGCCAACAACCUCCUUCCCUCAGUAAGAGCAUUGAAGAUGGGUCGUGGCUGGGUCUUCCAGCAUGACAAUGACCCGAAACACACAGCCAGGGCAACUAAGGAGUGGCUCCGUAAGAAGCAUCUCAAGGUCCUGGAGUGGCCUAGCCAGUCUCCAGACCUGAACCCAAUAGAAAAUCUUUGGAGGGAGCUGAAAGUCCAUAUUGCCCAGCUACAGCCCCAAAACCUGAAGGAUCCGGAGAAGGUCUGUAUGGAGGAGUGGGUCAAAAUCCCUGCUGCAGUGUGUGCAAACCUUGUCAAGACCUACAGGAAACAUAUGAUCUCUGUAAUUGCAAACAAAGGUUUCUGUACCAAAUAUUAAGUUCUGCUUUUCUGAUGUAUCAAAUACUUAUGUCAUGCAAUAAAAUGCAAAUUAAUUACUUAAAAAUCAUACAAUAUGAUUUUCUGGAUUUUUGUUUUAGAUUCCGUCUCUCACAGUUGAAGUGUACCUAUGAUAAAAAUUACAGACCUCUACAUGCUUUGUAAAUAGGAAAACCUGCAAAAUCGGCAGUGUAUCAAAUACUUGUUCUCCCCACUGUAUAUCACAUUGAACAAACAUGCCUCUCUGACAUGUAGAAUAAGGAAUCACGUAAGCUCUAUUUCUGAAAUAUAUUUCUGCAACGUUCCCCUAUUCAACCUAGCUCAGAUGUGAUUAUAUGCUAGGUUUCCAUCCAAUUGGCGACGGAUUUUCAUGUGAAUAUUCUACAAUCUGCAUAAAAACAAUAUGCAUGUUUUCCCACCAAUGUACUUGUUGCAGAUAGAAAGCUGUGCCUUAUGACGUAGUGCACAUAAAAACAACUUUUGCAGUUAAAUUCCCAUGUAUCGAAUAAAAAAAUACAAGUAAAUGGGUUUCCAUUUUCUGAUCGCUUUGUCACAAAAUAAAUUACAUUAUAUAGCGAAUGUGCCCGCUCUGGACUUUGCACGUACGCUCUAGCCAACAGCUUACAGAUACAGUGCGGGUUGGCUACCUACAUGAUGCCAUUCCUAUUCUGAACGUUUGUCAAACGGCAGCCAAGCAUCGAUCAAUAUGUCACCAGAAUAAGACCCUCGAUAUUUAUUGGAAAGGAGCAUUAAGCUCAUCACCGUGCACUUUCACCACCCAGUGAAGGUCAUCAUAACUUAUUUCAUCUGUAGCCUAAUAAACUGCAUGCUUUCCCUAGUCGUAGCGGGAGGACCACAUAACAUAUCAUCGUGUGACUCCAAGUUUACUUUGAUAUGAUGGUUAUUAUAUAUUUGCGCAUAAAGGUGUUUCCACUGCCAUUUCUCGCAUAAUACAUUUUACAGACACACAAAUAUCCUACUUUGUCUAGCGAAUCUUGUUUUGUCGACAUUUGAAAAAUGUACCAACAAAUAAGCCGUUUCCAUCAGGCCUGUGGUGACAUAUUUUAUCCGACGUGUUCUUUACUCUUAUAGAAGGUUGGAUGGAAACCUGGUUAUAGUCAGAGAAACAAUAAAACCACUUUCCAGUGAGGUCUCGGUUUUUCCCUGUUCUGGGUAUAAACAAACGCCAGACAGACUUCUCAAGCCUUUUUCCGACAUCCUCCCAAGGCAGUCAAUCCAAGGCAGUAUUGGCUUGCGUCCCAAAUGGCACCCUAUUCCCUUCAUCCCUAUGGGCUCUGGUCAAAAGUAGUGCACUGUAUAGGGAAUAGGGUGCCAUUUGCGACGCUGACUUGGUUUACCCUGUGGUAAAUAUAGCAGUUAAUGAGGAGCAGUUGUGAGUGACUGAGUGAGUGUGUCUUAGGGUCUGAGCAUACUGUGAUAUAUCUGAGUGCGGUGACGUGACUUGGAGGCCAUCCAUUUUCCCUUUUAAUAUCUCUGGUUGAACACAAUCCCGCAAGGUAGAGUUCACUAAAUGGGUUAUGUCUUCCUCAUCCCUGAUGGGUGUAAUGUCCGUAGAAUAGCGACCUCAAUUUACAGUUUAGAAGUCAUGCUAGUAGGGACAGUAGAUGUUACAUCAAAAUAGUCUAAUGUUCAAACUUAGAUGUCAAACAGUAUCAAGGUUGUGGUCUAAUGCUUCUAAAAUGUUACAACCCUUUCUUAGUGAAGGUUAAGCUGUCAGUUAGUGUUUUCAUGAUGCAGUAUCAUGAUACUUGAAUUUCAAUGGCAAAAAAAGAACCCGAAGCAGACUCAACUCAAUGGUCCUUUAAGAACCUGCUUUAUGUAAAAUACUGUGUGCUGUAGCUUGAAGAGUAAAUGCGUGACUCUGGGUGACCGGCUGUUUGUUUCUAACAUUAGGAUUUCCUCAGGGAAUUCAGUCUGCCAAAUAUUUAGUUUGCUUGCCAUGAUACUUUGAGAAUGUUGAUAAAACAACACUGCUCAGUGAAUGAGGGCAGGGUUGUACGGACUGUCAAAGGUAUUAUAAGACGUAAUUGUCCGUUUUUGAAACAGGGACUCUAUGUAAUGUACAGGUUCAACUGGUUGAAUCAUACUGUUACUAUUUACUGUUGAAAGGGCUGACCAUUGUCUGAAUAUGACGAUAAACUGACGAUGAACUGACAAUGUACCUGGUUCGUAUUCACUACAAACCAAACGGAAGAAAAUGGGCCGACGCGAAAAGGGCCAACCUGAACUUGUCCAAUAAGAAACUACGUUUUGCUGUAAAACGUUUUCUGUUGCAUAACAUUUUGCUCCGGUGUACACUACUAAAUACAACCCUGUAUUUGUGUCUUCCCCAGAGUGUAACCUGGUAGAGGGAGAAGACCAUGUGGAGGUGAAUGGGGAGGUGUUCCCUAAACCCUUCGUGGAGAAACCCGUCUGUGCUGAAGACCACAACGUCUACAUCUACUACCCCACCUCAGCGGGAGGGGGAAGCCAGCGCCUCUUCAGAAAGGUCACAUUUUGAUCCGUAACACCUUAAAGAAUGACCCCAAUCCGUUGCUCUGUCUAACCCACAUGGGAAGGGCCGUGGGGUAGCUUUUUGACCAGGCUUCUUUCUCCCUCAGCGUCCUCAUAGCCAUAAUGGCACUUAUUCUAAAGCACAUUAAGGGUACUGAAAUAGAAGGUGAAGUUACACCAGGCACUCACUCUGGCUGGGCUCGUCAACAAGGCAAGAACACGAUGACAUUAGGGCUGUGUUUAAAUUUGACACUUGACAUGCAACUUCUGCUAUCAGAUUAUGAGGAUCGCAUUGAAAAGACAGGUGGUUGUGUGGUCAGAUUGUGUUCAGAUCUGGCUGACCCUCUUCAGGAGUUGGUCAGGGAUGCAUUGUGUGUGGAUUUCUCCUCAGUCUGGAUGCAAUCAGGCUACCGAAAGCGCAUACAGUGGGCGACGUCAGUCCACCCACAGGUCUCCAGAAAUGGUGUGUUUUGGGAGCGAGAGGCAACUUUUUUUCAUUAAACGUUGGAGGAAUUGCGUUCUUAGCGUGUGAGGAACUUGUUUGCUGGCUUCUUAAAGGCUGGCUUAUUUAGAAAACAUAUUUUGGGUUUGGAUAGAGUUAUGCUAACCUCUUUGCAAUCCUUUUAACUUUGCUUGCUGGUUAGUUAGAGGUUAGCUACAGUAGUUGGCUACUGCCAUCCAGUUGUUGUUGUGUUGUUAUAAGAUUUAGCCUGUUCCACCGUUUGAAGAAUGCAUACACGCAUUUGAAUAUAGCGCGGGAAAGGGCAAUCCAGACGCAAUGUGGACACAGUAGACACAUUUAAAUGUAGGUGUAGCAUUCCAUGAUCAGAACUCUAUGAUCAGAAUACAAAAGCUGCAUGAACUGUCAAGUGUAGACACAGCCUACUUUUUAUCUAGGUUGCGUCCCAAAUGGCACCCUAUGCCCUAUAUAGUGCGAUGCUUAUGACCAGAGCCCUAUGGGCCCCUGUAGUACACUACAUAGGGGAGCAGGGUGCCAUUUGGGAUGUAGACCUCCUGUUCUGACAGAGGGAGGAGAACAACCAUGACUAUACUACAGCAGUGUUCUCAAACAAAGAAAAGGAACCUGUUAGUUUCUGAUCUGACAGAUGGUCCGGAUACUUUAGACUUAACACCUGCUAUGCUACUGCCAAGACGGUAUAACACCUAGAUGAUAUAACUAAAGGUAAAGGAAAGAUGAGGAUAAGAUCUUAAGAUUAGUUUUUUGUGUCUUUAGUCAUAACAUUCUUAAAGGGAGACUUCAAGAUUUUGGCAAUGAAGCCCUUUAUCUAGUUCCCUAGAGUCAGAUGAACUCGUGGAUAAAAAAAAUUGAUGUCUCUGCGUGCAGUUUGAAGGAAAUUGCUAACAAGAGUUAGCGCAAUGACUGGAAGUCUAUGGUAACUGCCAGCAUGCUAGGGGGUUAGCGUUGGGUCGCAAAACUCUCUAACUUCCUUCAUACUGGAUGUAGAGACAUAAAAAUGGUAUCCAUGAGUUCAUCUGACUCUGGGGCGGUAGAUAAAGGGCUUAACAUGUAGUAACCUGGCCCUCACAGUUGUAUAAAUACUGUCUGAACUGUGAUACUUUCAGUCAACUAUUAUGUUUUCUAUAUCUAGCUAUAUUUUAUCGGGCAGUUUCCCAGAUACAGAUUAAGCCUAGUCCUGGCCUAAAAAGCAAGCACUUUUUAAUCCAAGCAUGUAUUCACUAGGAACCAAACAGACGCGAAUGGAACGAAACUGGGAGAGACCAACCUCUCGUUUUCGUUUCAAAACGUUAUCCAAAAUGUUUUGCUACGGUGUGCAACUAAUGAAUUGACCCCAGGACUAGGCUUCAUCUGUGUUUGGGAAAUUGGCCCUAUAUGUUCCAUAUUCUAUAUGUAUGUGGUUAACUGUACACACCAGUUGCCUGAUUAUGACAACCGCUAGGCCUACCUCCUGCUCUAUUAACAGGCUCUGAGGUGAAACAUCAUCUAGGUACAGAUCUAGGAUCAACUUCCCCCUCUCCCAAUCCUAACCGUAACCAUUAGUGGGAGAAAUGCAAAACUGAUCCAAUAUCAGCGUCUAGGGGCAACUUCACCCUACAAUAUUAAUAUAUGGUCCUCCAAAUAUUCAACAGCUCAUUGAAAUUCUAGUUGCCUCCUAGUCUGUUUAUUCAGUGUGAUCUUACCUCAUGUUCUCAGAGGGCUUUCGGGACUGUUUUUAACCUGUCAUAAAAUGGGCCGAUGUAUUUUUUUGUCAGGUUUUAUAACCAUUCGAUCCCAAUAGCUGAUUUUAUCACAAGCGUUAUUAGCAUCCCUCUCAAUCCCAGUCGACUGCAGUAAGCUGCUGUAAGUGUUCAUGCAACAACCGUUCUUCCUCUUAAAUGGAAUGGAUCAUAAGCUAUGUUCAACACUGCAUACUGUGUACCUAUGAAUGAACCCUAGUCUCUUUGACUCUGGUUACAGUUGAGUAGGAUGGUGGACGUUCAGUCAGUCCUAAUGUAAUCCUAUCAUUUGAAGAGCAGUGUUUCCCAAGUGUUUAGUCCACUGGGCAUCUACUGGUGCAUGGUUUUAUUCUGAGUUGUAGAACGAUUGGUCUGUUGUUUAGUUGGUGGUUCACACCAACAACUUUCGGUUGAUCACAGAGCUAAAGGAGUUUGGGAAGCACUGCUGUAGAGAACAGUAGAGAGUUAGUACAUAGUUCUCUCAGUUCUAACGCUGUUGCCUCUCUGUCCUGUAGAUCGGGAGCCGGAGCAGUGUGUACUCACCAGAGAGCAACGUGAGGAAGACUGGCUCCUACAUCUACGAAGAGUUCAUGCCAACGGAUGGCACGGACGUUAAGGUGUGUGUGUGUGUUUGUCAGUCUGUCUGUAUUUCUGUUUAUCUGUCUGUAUCUAUGCAUGUUUGUUUGUGUGUGUCUUAUGUGAGUGCACAGACACCCACAUGUGUGUUUAUCUUGUGUGUGUGUGUUGCCUGUGUCCCUGCACCUCGUGGUGUAUUAAAUCUCUCCGUGUGUGUGUGUCCUCAGGUGUAUACGGUGGGGCCUGACUAUGCCCACGCUGAGGCCCGGAAGUCUCCUGCCCUGGACGGGAAGGUGGAGAGAGACAGCGAGGGGAAGGAGAUCCGCUACCCCGUCAUGCUCACCGCCAUGGAGAAACUGGUGGCCCGCAAGGUCUGCCUGGCAUUCAAGGUCAGUUAUGCCUCAGUUGGUUGCAGCAUGGUGCUGGUAACACCAAGGUUGUGGGUUCGAUUCCCACAUUUUACCGAAUAGCCGAUAGGUGUGAACUGUUUGCUGCUCUGGAUAAAAUCUACACCAGGUGCCUCUGGGUAGGGGCUACGGGUCGAUUUGGAAUUGGUCAUUGAUUUUCCUCUCUUCUAUUUGAUGAGCCGGUACACAGUGCAGACCUGGGUUCAAAUACUAUUUUAGAUACCCUAGCUGUGCUUGAUUGUGCUUGCCUGUUGCAAUGGAAACAAUAGAAAAGUCCCAAAAGUAGAAACCCCACCCACCUAGCACCCCAGGCAGGCUAAAGCAAGCACUUAAACUAUUUGAACCCAGGUCUGACUCACUGUAGCUCCAGGCAGGCUGUUGAGUGCACAAUCAAGCUGAUCGAUCACUUUGAUAAGUGAAGUGACAAGAGAAAACAGAACGGCGGCUGUGGGUGUGUGUGUCAAAGACUAAGGUCAUAUAAAGGAGAAUCAACAAACACAAACUCAAGAAGUAAAUCUUCCCCCUCUUCCCCUGAUUGAUAUUCUCCAUAAUGCCACCCCCAAUUACACUGCAUGUCAUCCCUAUCUGACUCACACUCUUUUUCCUGCUGCAGCAAACCGUGUGUGGCUUUGACCUUCUCCGAGCCAACGGUCACUCCUACGUCUGCGACGUCAACGGCUUCAGCUUCGUCAAGAACUCCAUGAAGUACUACGACGACUGUGCCAAGAUCCUGGGGUACGAUGUGCCAGAGGGCUGUUUCGGUCAUAUUGUAUUUUCGUAGGGUUACAUUAUGCCAGGGUAUGCCAGUUCUGACUCCUGGUCCAAGAGGGGGGGCAUAGUGUUCUGACUCCUGGUCCAAGAGGUGGGGCAUAGUGUUCUGACUCCUGGUCCAAGAGGGGGGGCAUAGUGUUCUGACUCCUGGUCCAAGAGGGGGGGCAUAGUGUUCUGACUCCUGGUCCAAGAGGGAGGGCAUAGUGUUCUGACUCCUGGUCCAAGAGGUGGGGCAUAGUGUUCUGACUCCUGGUCCAAGAGGGGGGGGCAUAGUGUUCUGACUCCUGGUCCAAGAGGGGGGGGGGGCAUAGUGUUCUGACUCCUGGUCCAAGACGGGCAUAGUGUUCUGACUCCUGGUCCAAGAGGUGGGGCAGAGUGUUCUGACUCCUGGUCCAAGAGGUGGGGCAUAGUGUUCUGACUCCUGGUCCAAGAGGUGGGGCAUAGUGUUCUGACUCCUGGUCCAAGAGGGGCAGACUUCAGUUUGCAGACUUCAGUUCCACCCCUGCUGUAGUUGAUUAGACUAAUUGUGGUCUUUGUUGAAGACUGGUUAUUUGAGUUUAGUGCUGGGUUGUAACAAAAACGUGCACAUACUGUCUGGCACCCUCCAGUAUCAAGAUUGGCCACCCCCCUUCUGUAAGCCCAUAACAACUAGUCCAGUUCAGCACAAACUGAUUAAAGGUAACCUAGGGCUUCGUUUGGGACAGCUGAUCCUGAAUCAUUUCAAGGGUUUGAAUCAAGGGUAUGAAUACUAACCGGAUUCAUACCCUACAUUUUAGUCAUUUAGCAGAUGCUUUUAUCCAGAGCGACAUACAGUUAGUGCAUUCAUCUUAAGAUAUCUAGGUGGGACAACCACAUAUCUCAGUCAUAGUAAGUACAUUUUUCCUCAUUAAAGUAACUAUCAUCAAAGUCAGUGCUGGUAGGGGAAAGAAAUUGUACUUUAUAUUACUUACUAUUGUCAUUAUCUCACUAGUUACAUGGAAGCUAUGUAUCUGUCAGAAGAUCCAGAUGUUGGUAAAUGUCCAUGUUGACAGUAUGUUAACCGUAGAAAUAGAAUGUAUUUCUAUGAUGGUAACUAUGUUUCCUUGUCCUCUGCAGUAAUAUAGUGAUGAGGGAGCUGGCGCCUCAGUUCCAGAUCCCCUGGUCCAUCCCUACUGAGGCUGAGGACAUCCCCAUCGUUCCCACCACGUCUGGCACCAUGUGAGUCUCUCUCACACACACACACAGACCGACACUAGUAUGUUAGUGCAUAUGAUCGGAAAUACUUUGCUAAGACAGACUUGUAGAUGCAAAAACUUUGAGGUAGACAAAUGUACACUCAUACAGCUUUACUGUAGCCACAAUGUCAAAACCACUGCUGUCUCAUAGAUAACAGGCUUCACUGUGAAGGUUCUGCUUAUUUAGACAUGCCAGUGAUGGGGUAAAGGUCAUUACCCAAUCUGCCAUUGUUCACUCAUAUUCCUUUACUGUCACAUUCCCUCCAAUCAGGAUGGAGUUACGCUGUGUCAUCGCAAUAAUCCGCCACGGAGACCGAACUCCUAAGCAGAAGAUGAAGAUGGAAGUGCGGAAUCCAAUGUGAGUUCUUUGGUAACCAUGCAUGUAAAGCCUAGGUGUAAUGCCUUGGAAGUCAUGAGCGUAAAAAAAAAAACUUUAUUGUGUCUUUAAAUCGUGUCAUAAUAAUCCUGACCAAUUACCAGCCAUUAAGCUUCAUGACAUCCACUGUUCCAUGACGACUCGUCAGGUAGCCUAGUUGUUAAGAGCAUUGGGCCAGUAACCGAAAGGUCGCUGGGUCGAACCCCGAGCCAACUAGAUGAAAAAUCUGUCGAUGUGCCCUUGAGCAAGGCACUUAACCCUAAUUGCUCCUGUAAGUCAUUCUGGAUAAGAGCAUCUGCUAAAUAACUCAAAUGUAAAUAUACAAAAUAAGUGUAUUAGCUCAAACAAUCUCCUUUUGAUCUGAUCUCUUAUUUAUUUGUUUAUAAAUUUGGUAUAAAAACAAUAUCUCUCCUCAACAGGUUUUUUGAUUUGUUUGACAAAUACGGAGGUUACAAGACAGGGAAAUUGAAGCUGAAGAAGCCCAAACAACUGCAGGUAACUAUAUAGAAGGAGCGACCACCAAGGCCACACGAGAAGAGAGCUUUAGAAUUUACUGUUUAAUAUCAACGUUUCAGCACAGAGGCCUUUCUCUCUGGAGUCUUGAGAAAGGCCUCUACUGAAACGUUGAUAUUAUACAAAUGAUAUCCUCUCUUGUUUCUUCUAUAGUAUGUAGCCGUUUAGGGGAUAUACUUCACUGUUGAUCUUUGUUAUUUUACCCACUUUAGCCAACUAAUAAAUCAAUUCCUGUCAUGUUUGUGUGAAUCACAUUUGACACGGGUGAUUUUACUGAACUUUUAACUGUACAUGUGUUUUGUGUUAACCACAAGACUGUGAAAAGAAUGUCCUCCUUGGAGGAGGACAAUACGCAUGGAAAGUGGAUUAGUGUACGUCACAUUUUGGUAAAAUGUAAACACAACUGUGGCCACCUCGUCAUUUUUGGAGACGUUACGGUAGCUAGCAAAAGAGUGUAGGAGGGAUUGCUAACUAACUGUAAAUAACUUAUGGUUAACUUACUUACAGAUGUGGGUUAGAUAUAUUGGGAAUUACUCACACAUGAUUCACCAUUUCUUCUCAUCUGAAAUUGAAAACUUUGCGUUUAUGUGUGUGUGUGUUUGAAUAACAACUGCAUAGGACCAAGAAUAAUAUUUUUGUUGUUGAGAUUUUUCACUUAAUUUGACUGCAUCUGUACUUAGUAAGAUAUAACUAACUUGGCAAAAUGUGGGGUGAAAGAAUUAACUUACUUACAGUUAGUUAGCUACCCCACCGCUCUUUGAUCACAAACGUAUCAAUUCCUGUGUUUAGAGGGCCAAAGCUGUGUGUAGGAAUCCCAUUUGACACAACUAAUUUCAACUGUCCAUUUGUUUGUUUAAACCACAAGACAGUUAAAAGCUUAGUCAUUUUGUCCAUCUCCUUUGUGUGGUUAGGAGGUGCUGGACAUAGCUCGGCAACUGUUGCUAGAACUGGGUGAUGGAAGAGAAGACUGCGAGAUCGAAGAGAAGAAAUCCAAACUGGAGCAGCUGAAGACCGUUCUGGAGAUGUGAGUGACGUGUUUAACUAGGCCAACCUGUUAUUAGGCACACAAUCUCACCUGGGGCUUCUUGACUUUCUGGGCCGUCGUAGUUCUAUCGAAAUCAUCAGAACUAGAUUGCCGAAAAAUAUGAACCGGACAAAGCACAUCAUGUCUGUGCGAUCCACAAAGCUGUAAAGUAACUCUUAGACAUUUGAAAGAUUGUUUGAGGAAGAGUGAAUCAGUUCCCUUUGAACUAGAUGCUUUUCCUAAAAUGUGCAAGUUUUAUGAUGAUGAAACAUGAUGAUGAAACAUGAUCUACAAGCAGCCAGAACAAAGUUGAGGCUGUUUACAUUUUUUUUGCAUGACUGACUGGUUCUGCAUUCGACAACACUAUCAUUGCGUAGUCCCUGAUUUCCAGGCACGUUUUGGCUAGCUAGACAAUGACAAGUUGGCUGAAGCAGAAACAGACUGACACCCAGGCUAUUCAAUGCAUGAUUGACUGGACAUUGGGACAGUCAUAACAAAUGGUCCUCCCUUUUUCCUAUUCCUGUCUUUUCCAGGUAUGGCCACUUUUCCGGGAUCAACCGAAAAGUGCAGAUCACCUACCUGCCCCAUGGGCAGCCCAAAACAUCCAGCGAGGAGGAAGGUAUGGAGAAAACCGAGGGAAACAUUUCACAUCUACUACUUUCAUAAGGGGGUAGUUUUCCCCAAGCCACCAGCACCACGUACUUUAGCUUAUGUCUGAGUUGCAUUUGUAGAAAGUGUUCUACUGUAAAACAUCCAUUACAUGCCAAGCCUCCAGCAAGCAUCUGUGGCUUAUGGUUGCCAGAUAUCACAUGACAUUCUAGCAAAUAAACACUGGUCUCUAGUAAGAGCUGGGUAUCAGUUUAUCCUCACAUGAACACAUCAAAUAGCCACUCUGCUCCAGUUCAUAGUCAUAGUUUCUCUAUCUAGCGCUAGAUGUUUGAGCCCUGCAUGUCAAACACACAGUCGGUAUUGCCAAUUAGUGAGUUUUAUCACAGAGUGGUAGCUAGGCCAUCUGUAGUUACUUUUGUGGAAUCUUUCUCCAUUUGUAACAAAUGCUUUGUGCUAAAUGGAACAAAAGUGUUGUCAUUUCAAACUGGGCUAUCAGUGAUAGGAAUUGUAUUAAAUGCCUGAGUCCAAUACGUACUGGUCUCCAACCAAACUCAACUUCACACACAGUUAAAGCCAGCCUGGGCAUUCAAUUUAGGUUUUACAAUACGAAGGAUUGAAUUGAUUGCUAGUUAAGCUGAUGUGGUGUUCAACAGACACACGUAAGGAGUGCCCUUCUCUGCUACUGGUGUUGAAGUGGGGAGGGGAGCUGACCCCGGCAGGCAGGGUACAGGCUGAAGAGCUGGGCAGGGCCUUCCGCUGCAUGUACCCGGGAGGACAAGGUGACACACACACACGCACCAAAACACUGUUGCCAACUCUGUUCACUGAAAAAAACAUCUGAUCAUUGUCUGUCGUUCUAGGAGACUACGCUGGGUUCCCUGGGUGCGGGUUGCUACGGUUACACAGCACCUACCGACACGACCUCAAGAUCUACGCGUCUGACGAGGGCAGAGUGCAGAUGACCGCCGCAGCUUUCGCCAAGGUAACCACUAGGCGUCACAUGGGUCCGAGGUCAGAGGUCACAGCUGUUUGUGUGUGUACAUGUGUUUAUCUGCGUGUUUGCCUGGCAGGGUCUGCUGGCGUUAGAGGGAGAGUUGACGCCCAUCCUUGUGCAGAUGGUGAAGAGUGCCAACAUGAACGGCCUGCUGGACAACGACAGCGACUCGCUCAGCGGCUGCCAGCACCGCGUCAAGGCCCGUCUCCACGAGAUCAUGCAGAAAGACCAGGAGUUCACCGAGGAGGACUACGAUAGGGUAAUUGAUUUCAAUGAAUUCCUGCUCAGCCAAUCACCAAGUGCAACCGACCUGGGUAGUGUUCAGGGCACACCGUAGCAGAACUUUGUGCAAUGGAAAAGGAAAACAAGCUAGUAGAUAGUACCUGCCCAUUCGAUCUGCUUCGGGACGUUUUCAUCGGUUUUGUGCCUCAUGAAUACGACCCAGGUAUCAAACACAAGUCGUCUGUGUGCCCUAGCCUAGGCAUUAGCUUGGGGAGCUAACAUGAGUCUUAUCAGGAAAGCAUAGGUAGUUCACCAUACUACCUCCAUUACACACGCAAGCUGUAAAGAAAAGAGGUUAGAGUGAAAAAGAAAUGGGCAUUGUUACAAUGUUCAGUAAAUCUAGCCUCCGGAAGGGCUUAAUCCUAAUGAGGUUUGCAAACAGAACAAGCUCUCUUUUUCCACCAAUCCUUUCUGAAGCUUUUAGUUUCCUCCUCAUCCUUUCUAAUGAGUCUUACUGAAUGGUAAAAGACAUGCUAGGCUAAGUCAAACUGAUGCUAGGCUAAGUCAAACUGAUGCUAGGCUAAGUCAAACUGAUGCUAGGCUAAGUCAAACUGAUGCUAGGCUAAGUCAAACUGAUGCUAGGCUAAGUCAAACUGAUGCUAGGCUAAAUCAAACUGAUGCUAGGCUAAGUCAAACUGAUGCUAGGCUAAGUCAAACUGAUGCUAGGCUAAGUCAAACUGAUGCUAGGCUAAGUCAAACUUAUGCUAGGCUAAGUCAAACUGAAGCUAGGUUAAGUCACACUGAAGCUAGGCAAAAUCAAACGGCGUGAGAUAGUGGUGUGUAGAGACUAGUGAUUGCUUCAGGAGGAUGGAAAUUGUUCUGCUCUGUUAUUGCACUGCACUUUGAUCAUUCUGGGCUCUGUAAUUGGUUGUAAUGAAAGCAAAUAGGAUUUAGAUGUUUUAAGCUGUUCAUUAUUGCAUAAUGUUCUUUGUUCUUCAGCGAGUAAUGUGUGUGUGUUUGUGUCCAUCCAGCUGGCCCCUACAGGUGCAGCCUCUGUGGUUAACUCUAUGAGGAUUGUGGAGAACCCUGUGAUGACAUGCGACCAGGUCUACACACUCAUCCAGAGCCUCACCUCCCAGAUACGCAAGAGACUAGAGGACCCCAAAUCUGCAGGUACACCCUUUGUUAACAUAGCAUAGCACUGUGAUUGUGUUAUUUCAGCUCGGUGCAAUGUACAGCACAAGGCGAGGUGGAUCUGUACCAAUCCCAGACUACUGUGUUUCUCCUACCUCUCCGCUACUUCCUCUCCUCUUUUCCUCCCUCCAUCCUCCUUCUCAUCAUCUCCUUUUAUUCCUUUCCCUCCUCCUGACCCCUGACCCCCAGACCUGCAGCUGUACCACAGUGAGACUCUGGAGCUGAUGCUGCAGCGCUGGUCCAAGCUGGAGCGGGACUUCCGGAUGAAGAGCGGCCGCUACGACAUCAGCAAGAUCCCGGACAUCUAUGACUGUGUGAAGUACGACGUGCAGCACAACGCCACGCUGGGCCUGGAGGACACGCUGGAGCUGUUCAGGCUGUCCCGAGCCCUCGCCGACAUCAUCAUACCACAGGUGAGGGAGGGCAGUAAGGAGGGGUGGAUGGAUGGAAUGGUGAGUGGAUGGGUGGAUGGAUGGUUGUUUUGGAGGGAUGGAUGGAUACUCUGGAGCUGUUCAGGUUGUCACACAUCCUCACUGAUAUCAUCAAACCACAGAUGAGGGAGGAAGGGAGGGUUGGGUGGGUCAGUUGCGUAAGCGAUAGAUGGAUACUCUGGAACUCCACAGGGUGUCACAAGCUCUGGCUGACAUCCUCAUACCUAGUGUUGAUGGACACCAGUCACUGUUUAGAUGCUCUCAGACUUUGUAUAUUGCAAUGCUCUGACCCCUGUGCGUCUUAGGCAGCGAGUAUUGCUCACGACUUGUGUAUUCUCCUCAGGAAUACGGCAUUAAUAAAGUGGAGAAGCUGGACAUAGCAUACGCCUACUGCCUACCUCUGGUCAAGAAGAUCCAGCUGGACCUCCAGAGGACCCACGAGGAUGAGUCGGUCAACAAACUCCAUCCAUUGUGAGUCUUGACCCACAGGCAUGCAAUAGUCAAGUUGCACCUGGACGCUGAUUUAAGGUCUGAUCCUAGAUCUAAAGGCAACUGCAACAUGAAGUUGUAGCUCAGUCAAUUAUGUCCCAAUAUGUCUUUGUUUGCAGGGUCCAUCAUGUUUGAUGGCAACUUAAAUAAAAAUAAUAAAACAUGUUUUCUCUGGCGACUCAGGUACUCUCGAGGAGUGAUGUCACCAGGUCGCCACGUCCGGACGCGUCUUUACUUCACCAGCGAGAGUCACGUCCACUCUCUACUCAGCACCUUCCGCUACGGAGGCCUGCUCGACGUAAGUACACAACUACCACAGAAGAACUACGGUUUCCUAGAACUACAUUUCCCAGAAUGACUGCUACAGAACUACAUUACCCAGAACUACAGUCUAUCCAAUAAUUGGUGUGUGUGUUACAGGAGGAGAAGGACCAGCAGUGGAAGCGGGCGAUGGACUACCUUGGUGCCGUUUCUGAACUCAACUACAUGACCCAGAUAGUUAUCAUGCUGUAUGAGGACAACAACAAGGUAGUGGUGUGUGUGUGUGUGUGUGUGUGUGUGUGUGUGUUUCUGUAGUGAGUGUGUAGGGGGGUGUGUGUGUUUCCCUUUCUUUCACUAACCCCUCUCUGUGCUGUCCCUCAGGACCCGUCGUCAGAGGAGCGUUUUCAUGUGGAGCUUCACUUCAGCCCUGGGGUCAAAGGUUGCGAGGAGGAGGAGAAUGCACCAAUGGGCUUCGGCUUCCGUCCCGCCUCCGCAGAGGUAACAGUGUUUAAUGUCUGGUCCUAAUGUUAAUCUAAUAGGAUGUUUUCACAUAUGAAAUUCACUACCCUGGUUUGGUUAAAUGAAGCAUUUCUGGGAAUUCUACAAAAUAUAUUUUGCUUUUACAAGAUCUGAAAAUAACCGUUUCACAGUGCAAUUUGCAAGAUGCACAUUCUACAUGACUACAUGACAAAAGUUUAACGCUACUCGGGCUGCCGUGUCACAAAGCCUGGUACUCUGGUCCUGGAUUCGUUUCAGCCAAGGUUUGCGUUUCACACAUGCUUUAUAGCGUGGAUCAGGGUACCAAACUAUCCAGCAUCCGGAUCAUACAGGGAAAUAUGAAAGCGCCCAUAGUGGUACAUCAAUGCCCUUUGUGGGUACGGUAUAUUGUGUCAUUGUGUUUUUAUAGAUAUAAAUGUGUUAUGUGCGCGAGCGCGCUUUCGUUUUCACAAUGUCUGUGCUUAGUCUGUGGCACCCUCUUUCUCGGUUCAGAAUGAUCAGAAACAGACAGACCCUGGCAGCUUGGAGGAUCUAUCACGUGACGAGCCCGACCGGGCCGUACCGCUCUCUGAGCCAAUGGGCAUCCACCGGAGAUCCCCUCUGAUUCACAACCGCAAGACUGGGUCUAUGGAGGUAAAAUCACACACACACUCUUCUAUUGUCAAUAGAGCCAGAGGUAGUAGUAGGACUAGUUGUAAUACUAGUAGUAGUAGCAGCAGGAGUAGUACUAGCAGUAGUAGUUGUAAUACUAGCAGUACUAGUUGUAAUACUAGUAGUAGUAGUAGCAAUAGUGAAAGAUGAGACAAGGAGUGCAAGCAUCUUUAGACUAUUGAUAUUCAAUGUAAGACUUUUGUGUUCCCUGAGUUAGGAUCCGGCCAUAAGCCAGGGCUGUCCUGCUGUGUUGUUGUUGCUCUGAGUUCCUUGUCUGUCUGACAGAGGUCACAUGUGGUCCUUCAGUCUGGCAGCCAGUGAUGGGGAUCUGUGUAUGGCGUCAGACGCUCUGAAUUAGCUCCUUACCAUAUGUGUGUGCCUGUGUGUGUGUGUCACCCCAGGUCCUGUCGGAGACGUCUUCAUCCAAAGCAGGCAGCUACCGUCUCUUCCCCUCCUGCUCUCGCCAGUCCCCUGAGAUGAAGCAGAGUGGUCUAGGUGGGUGUCUCCUUCCUCCCUGCUCCCUUACACGCGCUGAUCUAGGAUCAGUUUCCCCUCCCCCAAUCCUUAACCAUUAGUGCAAAAUGAACCUAAGAGCAGUGUCUAGGGGCAACUUUACCCUACUCCCUCCCUUACACUGUAGCUAUGGAAACCGUGUUUACCCAUAUCACCCCAACUGUCAUUAAAGUCUAUAGUGGUAGAGGGAGAGGUGGCAAUGGUGCUCUGUCACUGUCUAUUUCUGAUAGAAAUCAACCUGGAGUUAGAUACUGUAUUAUGGACUAUACUAGAGGCCUAGCUAGGUACUAAGGACCAUAAUGGAGGCCUAGCUAGGUACUAUGGACUAUACUGGAGGCCUAGCUAGGUACUAUGGACUAUACUGGAGGCCUAGCUAGGUAUUAUGGACUAUACUGGAGGCCUAGCUAGGUACUAUGGACUAUACUGGAGGCCUAGCUAGGUACUAUGGACUAUACUGGAGGCCUAGCUAGGUACUAUGGACUAUACUGGAGGCCUAGCUAGGUAUUAUGGACUAUACUGGAGGCCUAGCUAGGUACUAUGGACUAUACUGGAGGCCUAGCUAGGUACUAUGGACUAUACUAGAGGCCUAGCUAGGUACUAUGGACUAUACUGGAGGCCUAGCUAGGUACUAUGGACUAUACUGGAGGCCUAGCUAGGUACUAUGGACUAUACUGGAGGCCUAGCUAGGUACUAUGGACUAUACUGGAGGCCUAGCUAGGUACUAUGGACUAUACUGGAGGCCUAGCUAGGUACUAUGGACUAUACUAGAGGCCUAGCUAGGUACUAUGGACUAUACUGGAGGCCUAGCUAGGUACUAUGGACUAUACUGGAGGCCUAGGUACUAUGGACUAUACUGGAGGCCUAGCUAGGUACUAUGGACUAUACUGGAGGCCUAGCUAGGUACUAUGGACUAUACUGGAGGCCUAGCUAGGUACUAUGGACUAUACUGGAGGCCUAGCUAGGUACUAUGGACUAUACUGGAGGCCUAGCUAGGUACUAUGGACUAUACUGGAGGCCUAGCUAGGUACUAUGGACUAUACUGGAGGCCUAGCUAGGUACUAUGGACUAUACUGGAGGCCUAGCUAGGUACUAUGGACUAUACUGGAGGCCUAGCUAGGUACUAUGGACUAUACUGGAGGCCUAGCUAGGUACUAUGGACUAUACUGGAGGCCUAGCUAGGUACUAUGGACUAUACUGGAGGCCUAGCUAGGUACUAUGGACUAUACUGGAGGCCUAGCUAGGUACUAUGGACUAUACUGGAGGCCUAGCUAGGUACUAUGGACUAUACUGGAGGCCUAGCUAGGUACUAUGGACUAUACUGGAGGCCUAGCUAGGUACUAUGGACUAUACUGGAGGCCUAGCUAGGUACUAUGGACUAUACUGGAGGCCUAGCUAGGUACUAUGGACUAUACUGGAGGCCUAGCUAGGUACUAUGGACUAUACUGGAGGCCUAGCUAGGUACUAUGGACUAUACUGGAGGCCUAGCUAGGUACUAUGGACUAUACUGGAGGCCUAGCUAGGUACUAUGGACUAUACUGGAGGCCUAGCUAGGUACUAUGGACUAUACUGGAGGCCUAGCUAGGUACUAUGGACUAUACUGGAGGCCUAGCUAGGUACUAUGGACUAUACUGGAGGCCUAGCUAGGUACUAUGGACUAUACUGGAGGCCUAGCUAGGUACUAUGGACUAUACUGGAGGCCUAGCUAGGUACUAUGGACUAUACUGGAGGCCUAGCUAGGUACUAUGGACUAUACUGGAGGCCUAGCUAGGUAUUAUGGACUAUACUGGAGGCCUAGCUAGGUAUUAUGGACUAUACUGGAGGCUUAUUCAAGUGGUAGCCAGGUUUUCGGUUGUAAGAUUGUAGUGAUGUACAGUGGUCCUCGGCUGCUCGAUGAGUAGUUAUCUUGUCACUGAUAUUCUGAUACCAUAGUUUUGGUAAAAAUUGAUGUUUUAUGAUAUGAUUAACCAUCCUAAUGACAAUUAUUUUGAAUUUCCAAGUGCAUCUACUUUGGAUUUUUCUAACAAUUGAGAAACUUACUUUGAACUUACUGGUUUGAAUACUAAUAUUAGCUUAAUAACAUUGAAUCAGCUGGGCCACGGUCAUUAACAACAUAUUAAGAAGUAAUAGGGUUCCAUUUGAGAUGCACAAUGGCAUUUUCCUUACUGGAGAAGGAUGUUUCUCUUUUUAAAACUGAUUGAAUUGCUAUUUUUCCCGGUAGGCACCUGCAACUUACCACAGGUGAGAUAAAUUACACAUAAACAAGAAUCACUUGCCUCCAACCAAAUUAAUUAGAAUUUUGUGUAAUUUAGUCCAGGCCAUUUUUUUAAAACUUUGAAGUGAAAAAUCUAAAUUUAAGUUUUUAUUUAAAAAAAAAAGUUUUAUCAUGUGCAGUUGUAAACCAAACGAAUACGUGUGAACAACAAACGUUUUUUAAAUGUCAACUUAUUUUAGAAGAAAUAGUGAAGCGUGCAAAGGUGCCAAUAUGUUUGACCACAUCUGUGUAACUAUGAAGUGAUAUGUACCGACUUAAAUACUUUUCACACCACUCAUCUGAGCCAUGCUGGCCUGGUUACGCACCCACCAUAGUUGCUGGAACUGUGCUGGAAAGGAUAAUGUGAAAAGAAAAUCUGAAUCAAAAUAAAAUUAUAAUGAUAAUAUUCCACUUAGCAGAUGCUUUUAUCCAAGGCAACUUACAGUACAGUGAGUGCAUACAUGAUUUUUUAUGUGUGUGUGUGUGAUACCUUCAGGAAUUGAACCUUUGACCUUGACAUUGCUAGCGUCACUCUCUUACCAACCGAACCACAUAUUACCAGAGCCAGUGAGGUCUGGUCGGCACACUAAUGUGAAAAGGGUAUUAAAUAGGCCUAGUAGCUCAUAAGUCUUUUUAGAGUAGAUCCCUUAGCCUUGCAUAGGUUAGGAGUCAGGAUGUUGAAUGACCUUGGUAUGGGGAGUCAUGUGACUACUAGACCUGGGUUCAAACUCUAUUUGAAAUCUUGCAAAUACUGGUAGUGUUUGCUCUAGUCUGCCUAGAGUGAGUGCCAGAUGGGCGGGGUUUCCACUUUUGCAACUAUUCCGUUGGUUCCUUUGCGCCAGAUAAGCUCAACAAGCCCAGAUAUAUAGUAUUUGACAGGAUUUCAAACAGUAUUUCAACCCAGGUCUGAUAAGUGCCCCUCUCCCCCCCUUGCUAACUGAUUCAGAGCAUUGUUUGAAUAACUGCAUGUUGUGGUGACUAAUUCUCCCACAGGCUCUCAGUGUGCGGGGCUCUUCAGUACCACCGUCCUGGGAGGCUCCUCUAGCGCCCCCAACCUGCAGGACUACGCACGCACACACCGAAAAAAAUUCUCCUCGGGCAGCCUGUCCUAUAAAGACGGUAUGUGGCUAAGAUCCUGUUUAUAUUUCCUCUAGCCUAGAAAGACACACAAUGGAUGGGUAUUGUUAGACUGGGGGUGGGCAACCCUGGUCCUGCACACCCCUGUGGCUAUCUAGGACCAGGGAUGUCUAACCCUGCAUUAGACUGCUGGCCACCAGACCUCCAUACCAUCCCUCACAUUGCAUAGUCACACACCAAGCAGGGCAGGUUUCCCUUCAUGCUUGUAGUGCACCUUGGGGCUUUUCACCCUACUGAGCUGAACCGUACUGAGCCAAGCUUAGCUGGCCUGGUCACAUAUCCACCAUAGUUGCUGGAACCAUGCUGUUAAGGAGAAAUAUGAAAAUAAAUGAUCCGAGCCAGCACAGUUUGGUUCAGGUCGGCACAAUAGUGUGAAAAUGGUCAUUUCCUUAGCAUUUUUUGUUAGCCUGCAUACCAGUUUGUAUUCCGCUCUAGCCAGUAGCCAAGUUGUUGUUGUUGUCUUGCCAAGACCACGAUGUAGCCUGCGUUGAUACACGUAGAAAGAGUGUGGCGCCCAGGUGAAAGACCUUUGCCAUUUUUGGAAUAUGGAACAUAAGAUAUCAUUGCUCCCUUAAAGACUGACAAAGCCUGAAAAGAUCAGUUGGGGCCACAUCGUAGCAACCACAGCGGAACAUAUUCCCUUAGAAACCCUGACCUAAGCCAGAUAUUACACCACUGUUGUGAUCUCAUAUUUGUUGCAUGGUUCAUGUUUUGGUAUUCAUAUCUGUUUAACAUGGUCUUACAACUAUUUACAUGCAAUAAGUCUAACACAGAACAUUUAUCUAACUCACUACUGUAGGUAUCCUGCCUCCUUCAAUGUUAACCUGCUGGCACAUAGUGCUCAGAAGAAUUAGGAAAUAUCUGUAUAGACUUCUUGUGAAAUAUCUUUAGUGCUUCCAUAUCAACGGUGUCCAGUAGGAAACUAAGCUAAAUGUCCAUUUAUACAGCUUUAUCUUCAGUUAAAUGGAGAUAUAAAAAAAUCUGUAGGCCUAUUUAUAAUGUUGACUUGUAAUACAUUCUAAAUAGACUUGUAAGAUGUGUGUGUGUAUAUAUAUGUGUGUAUGUAUGUAUAUAUAUAUAUAUAUAUAUAUAUAUAUAUAUAUAUAUAUAUAUAUAUAUAUAUAUAUAUAUAUAUAUAUAUAUAUAUAUAUAUAUAUAUAUUAAUUCAAAUUCUUUCUAGAACGUUCCCAUGGUUUCCUGAUCAGAGUUGAAUGUAUUUCUGAGACUCGGUCAGCAGAUGGCUCUGGAGCUCUAGUAGAUAGUCCCAGUAGUGGAUUUAGCAGAGGUCCCAUCCAAUGACGAGCACAGUAUGCCAUUGGCCAUACUCUUACUUGGACAUAGGUUUGCUCUUACAAUAAUCUAUAUACGCACAUAUUUGCGCUGAUAUCACAAAAGGCACACCCAUAUGUGUGAUUAGGCUAAUCUGUAUUUGGAUCUGUUUGAACCUAAAUGACGUUUAUGGGUUACUGGGUUUAUGGAGAGAAUGCCCUCAUCAUUAAAUGCCAUUUUGUGUUUACCUGUACAUACCAACUUUACAUAGCGGAGGUUGGGCUUUGAGUUGUUCAUUGUCUUUUGUGUUACCUAGACCAUCAGACAUGGGACGACAAAUCUGUCUGUACUUGGCUGUCCACAUGGUGUCACUGUGAUGUUGUCAUAGCUAUUUUUCGAUUCGGCUGUUUUUCGAUUGGGCUGCCAUCUUCUCGGUUGUCUUGUUGCGUCUCACUGAGUGUCGUGUCACGUUCAUCAUGUCUGUUGUUCCAUUAAGUCUUUCAUCAUCCGUGUCCUUACUCUUGUUGGUGAUCAUGAAAAAAACCUGAAUCUGAGAUCACUGUGUUUUCAAAUAUAGUCCCUUUGAAGAACCUAGAUUGACAUGAUUAGUGUGUGUGUGUGUGUGUGUGCAUGUGUCUGAGAAGCUGGCCUCCUUCCAGCAAAAUUAUGGUUUUGAACAGUACUUUGCUGCUGUCAGUCUUAAUGCUUUGUUACUUCGAACAAAACUCCAAGCUUUUGAUAUAGUUUGCCUGGCACCGUGGCUCAUCUGGAGGGCAGAUAACCUAAUUCACAAUGGAAUGGGCAAGCUGAAUCAAACGCACCAAAUCUCUCUCCUGUAUUUGGGAUGUAACACAUCUGAAGGGAGUGGUUGGAGUUGUGGGCUUGUAUAGGCCUCCAUCAUACGGACAGAAAAAUGUCCCUAAUCACUGAGAAGUUGUCAAGACGGGAAAUGUUUUUUUUUGUCUUCCAUCUCCUACAUUUCGAGCCAUCUCAUUUCAUCCUGUCACCAUGAGAGAUUUUCAUCCAUUUAGCCUGUAAUUUGAUCUUGAAAGUAUCAGCUUAUUAGGCAACACCAGCACUUCUAACAUACCUUGUACCUCGUCAAUUCUAGACCAUCUAGCGUGUUCCUACAAAAGAUCCUACCUGUCUUUCCCUCUUAUGUCCCUUUUUUAUCUUAACUCAUCUUACCUUAGAACCACGAACACUUCAAAUGGAAUAACAUUUGUACUUUUCUGCUAUGGCCCCUAAAUGCUUCACACCUUUAGCACUGUACCUAAUGCCAGAAGAACUAUUUGAAAGUAGCGUUAACACCCCUCCCACCAAGACAGCCAGUGUACACACCCUGUACAGGUGCUCUGUGACCGAUGGUAACACUAGUGACCUUUUUCUAUUUCCUCAGAGUUGUUGUCUAUGCCGGCAGUAAAGAGAUUUUCUGUGUCGUUUGCAAAGCAUCCGACUAAUGGUACGUCUGCUUCUUUCCAGUAUAUUUCCACUUCUCCACCUCCGUUUGUCUUGCAUGUCUUUGGAAAUCUCUCUUUAUUUGUACUUUUCGGUUCUACUUCACGUGGCCGUUACUACCAUGUUUCCCAACCCUCUGGGUUUUUCAGUCUUUCUUUUGUCUGCCCAUUCACUUUAACACUACCCCACAUUCUGUUUGUAACAUCCUGCGUACAAAAUUGUCACCCUCACCCAAUGAUUCAAUGUUUUUUCAGUGGAUAGAUGUGUAUAUAUGACCUUGGAUGUGUGUAUAUACAUAUUAUCUAUGUUGAAUAUGUGAAUUGAAACCAUCUCUUGAAAACACCAACCAAAAAUCCCCACCAACUCCUAACCCUUCCCCUGUUUCUUGUGACUCAGUCCCCUCUAUUCUCAUUCAAUAUCCUGCAUUGGCAACCUAAGCUACAACUUAUACCCCUCACGUUUGAAUAGGUGACUGGAUAAGUGAAUUAACUGUUUUGCAGUCUAGAUUGACUGUGACAGAACGAUUGGCGGUUACUGCUAAACGGGGAAAGGGUUAACGUGUGAUUUUUAUACUUUUUUUUUUUACCACGUAUGGUUGUCAUGAGAUGGAUGAAUCUGCAUAUGACCAAUGUGUUUGUUUGAUUGUGCUUGUGAAAUGCAUAGCUCAUUGUUCUCCAGGACCCUUUUCAGUACCUUGGGGUUUUGUACACUUUCCUUGAGACACUGGAUAUAUUCACUGGGUAGUGGGCACCAAACGGGAGCUAAAUGUUUUUAAACCGAAAAUGAGAAUUCAAUUCACUCUUCCGUUUUUAAAAUAUUUUCCUCCUGGUUGGGACCUACAAACUAUGUAGUGAAAGUUAAAACAUGAUCAUUACAUUGGAGGGGUUCAGACAUUUUGUAUUAUAUUUUGCAACACGGUCGAGGAAGAACUGGUUUUCGAGAGAGAAAUAUUGGAAGCUCCUUUACAUUUUGGUAUGAGAGUCCCCAGAAAGAAUCGAACCCACAAUCCAAGCACCAUGCUCUCUAAACCACGCAGGCCACUACAACAUGAAACACACUGCUGUGUAUAAACUCUAUAUGAGAGGGCCUAUGUACCAUAGACUGCAGUGCUCUCCAACCCUGUUGUAGGUUUUCACUCCAACCCUAAUCUAGCGCACCUGGCAUCAAGGCUUUUCUUUUUAGUCUUACCUUCAUUGCAGUCAGGAGGAACUCCAUGUCCAAUCACCAACUACCUGGAGAAAAGAAUAGUUAGAUUGACACAUGAAAACAGUAGAUGACCUGCUCUGAGCAUACUUCACACUCUGGGGUCCAGUAUUCUGACUGUCGGGAGGUUGGUUAGGGACAGGGGCAGGUGUACUUGACCACUGCCUGUGGGGUCCCCUUACCCCUUUUUCUCCCCGACUAUGUCAUAUCCAAUUGUCCCGUCGAUGCAACUCCCGUGCGGACUCGGGAGAGGCGAAGGUCGAGAGCCAUGCGUCCUCCGAAACACAACCCCGCCAAGCCUCACUGCUUCUUGACACAAUGCACGCUUAACCCGGAAGCCAGCCACACCAAUGUGUCGGAGGAAACGCCGUACAACUGGCGACCGUGUCAGCGUGCAUGCGCCCGGCCAGCCACAGGAGUCGCUAGAGCGCGAUGGGACAAGGACAACCCGGCCGGGACGUGUACUUGGGCAACUGCCUGUGGGGUCCAGUAUUCUGACUGUAGGGAUGUUGGUUAGGGACAGGGACAGGUGUACUUGGACAACUCCCACCCUUGCAGCCAUCGCUGCUGGAGGGCAGAGCCACUUCUGGAGAAUAGCAGGUUCUGGAGAAGACCACCUGUUCAAUUGGACUGUGUAUUAUAAACUGUGCUGCCUAUGGAUCUCAUAUAGCAAAACUUGAAGUACUGUACAUAGCCUGUCUGUUUAAGCCUACUAGGAUAGUCGGUCCAAUUAUGAGAGACAGUUGUGGUCAUUUGUUGUAUAGCUACUUUGGGAAAAUGAACCCAUCAAGGCCAGAAAAGGUGAGGAAUUUAUUCUGCAAUGAUUCCUAUGUCUAAUUAUUUUGGAUUCCAAAAAUAAAACACAGUUUUUUGCUCUUCUUGCUAAUGGCAGAUGGCUGCAUCUUGUUAUUAUAUUUUCCAGUUUUCACUUGUCUGCUUGCAAUACAAUACUUCAACCACUAGAAAAUGUGCGUACGCAUGGUCUAAAGUUUGGUUAAGGAAGCUUAAGGAAAACUGGCACACGCAUGUUUCGGGGUAUAUUUUGUACAUACGCAACGUUUAUAAAUGAGGCCCUUAAAAUGUCAUUUCAGUACAUGAACACAGCAUCUAAUUGCUUUUAUGGAGAGAAAAAAAUGACGCAACUUGAAGCAUGUUAAUUCACAACUGUGUGUGUAUAUAUUGACUUUAAUAGGGACACAGGAUGAUACGUCUGCUGUGGCUGUUAUUCCCUCUCUGUGGUGGCCUGUGUCAGGUACAGUAAGGAAUGAGGCUAAGGUUUACAUCCAACUGCAGCUUUAUGCAACCUGUACAAAAUGAUUGUGGCACGGCAAAAACGCUAUGCACGGUGGACCGCUUUCGUGUAGUGUAUUUUUAUUGGACGCCAGGUUAAGUGUCCUUUUCUCUCUAGGAUUUGAAUGUUAGUGUCAUUGUGAAUACAUAUUUGACUAAUUAAGCAGAUCCACGUCUCAACGUUUUGAACCUAUUCAGUUCUAUCACAUGCUCCUCUGUGGUCUCUCAACUUGAAACUAGUCAGUGCUGUUAAAAAUUGAAAUGCAUUAAAUACAAAAGCAAUAUUGACAUUUCCUCUGUGGAUUUUCAUAUGAAUUUUUAUUUCUGUCUUCUAAACCUAUGGAUUGUAUCCCAGAGGUUUUUCCGUAACCAAGAUGAGACUGCAGUGGAGGCAUGUGAUACGCUAUUACAUCUAUUGGAUUUUGAGUCGUUGCUCUCUGUCAAUGCUUGUGACAGUUGGAUGGAGAAGAUUUUGCUGAGGCCUUUCUGCAAACCUGUGGGAUUGUUGGGAUUGGGUUGGAUGGGGUCUGCUGAAUAUUGCUUGAAGGUUUUUGCCGUUUAUGGUAGCUGGUCCAGAGCAUGGAGGAAUGGGAUGGUUGACAUGAGAUGGUUGACUGUUAGAAAUAGCAGUAACUUACUGUACCUCCAAGUCACCUCAUCUCUGUCCACACAAUGGGUGCUACCGCUCCUCUCUCCCUCCUCCCAGUCACCCCCUCUCUGUCCACACAAUGGGUGCUACCUCUCCUCUCUCCAGUCCCACUCUCUUCCACCGGUCUCUCCCUUCUCUCCUCCCACCUCAUCUAUCCCCCUCCCUGCUCUCCUCCCCUCAUCUAUCCCCCUCCCUGCUCUCCUCCCACCUCAUCUAUCCACCCCUCCCUGCUCUCCUCCCACCUCAUCUAUUACCCCUCCCUGCUCUCCUCCCACCUCAUCUGUUACCCCUCCCUGCUCUCCUCCCACCUCAUCUAUUACCCCUCCCUGCUCUCCUCCCACUCAUCUAUCCCCUCCUGCUCUCCUCACCUCAUCUAUCCGCCCCUCCCUGCUCUCCUCCCACCUCAUCUAUUACCCCUCCCUGCUCUCCUCCCAGCUCAUCUAUCCGCCCCUCCCUGCUCUCCUCCCACUCAUCUAUCCGCCCCUCCCUGCUCUCCUCCCACCUCAUCUAUCCGCCCCUCCCUGCUCUCCUCCCACCUCAUCUAUCCACCCCUCCGUCUCCUCCGCCUCCAUCCUCACCUCCUCCACUCAUCCUUUAUCGUCACCCUCUGCCUCCAAUCCUCCCUCCAUCUCCAUCUCCCCCUCCUCAUCCUCCCACCUCUCUGGCUCUCCUCCUCCUCCUUCAUCCUCUCCUCCUCCACUAUCUUCUUCCCUCUUCCUUUAUGGUCAUCCUCUGCCUCCCUUCCAUGUCCUCCUCCCCUGCUCCAUCCGUCCUAUCCUCUCUCCUCCUGUUCCUCCUUCCCCAGAGCCCUUGGAGGAGCACCACCUUGCCCAGCUGUUGAGGCGCUUCUCCACUGAUGCCAGCCUGGGCCGCCCUCUCUCUCUGGACGGGGCACUGACCCACCACCUCCACCAUUGCUCCUACCACCUCCGCCUCUUCCGUAACUGGCUGGUCUCUGGCCAGGACCCCCUAGAGUACUUCUACGGUCAGCCCCCCGGCCCCCUGCUCCCCAGACCCUCUUCAACCCCCUGCUCUCUGCCCUCCUAUGCCCUUUAAACCCUCUGCUGUACUGCUUGCAGAUCUGAGGUUUCGUUUGGUAUUGGUGUGCUGCUAGUUACUGCCGCCGCAGUUGACUUUCGCCGCUUUGUCUUUGGUGGUUUGUUUGACGCAUGCUUGCCUGCCACUUUUGGGAGUGCGGCUUGCCAUUGGUGUGGUUUGGCUUUUUUAGGUGUCUUGCAUUAUUUGGCCUAACUGAAUCUUAUUUCCUCCCUGCAGUUCAGUUCAAAUUUGAUCUUGCUUAUGUUUUAGUACUAAUGGUCUUCAUUUGAGUGACUGUUGCCAACAUAGAUCUUUUGAACCAUGAACUGGCUGCAGUUUGGAAUGUAUCUUAGCUAGCGGAUAGAGGUUGUCAGAUGUUGUCUGAAAUGAGACCCAUUGUGUUGUAUAAAACUGUGCAGCAUGUGACAAGACCACUUGUCUGAGAUUAAACCACUAUGUAGGUAUUACUAGAAAACCAGAGAACUCAUUUCAUCUGGUCACCUGGCGUGAGCAUAGCUUGGUGGUCUGCCUGGGUGUUGAUGUCAUUUAUCUACAUGCCUUCUCUAUGUCUCUGUCUUUCUGUCUCAGCAUAUCCACCGGCGACCGCUCAUAACCCAGCUCUCAGCAUAUCCACCGGCGACCGCUCAUAACCCAGCUCUCAGCAUAUCCACCGGCGACCGCUCAUAACCCAGCUCUCAGCAUAUCCACCGGCGACCGCUCAUAACCCAGCUCUCAGCAUAUCCACCGGCGACCGCUCAUAACCCAGCUCUCAGCAUAUCCACCGGCGACCGCUCAUAACCCAGCUCUCAGCAUAUCCACCGGCGACCGCUCAUAACCCAGCUCUCAGCAUAUCCACCGGCGACCGCUCAUAACCCAGCUCUCAGCAUAUCCACCAGGGACCACUCCUAACCCAGCUGUGUGUAGUAAUGAUUACUGCAGCAUUGUCUAUGCCACAUACAGUAAUGUCUGCAUGAGAGCACUAUGUCAAACUAGUCAAUACAACACAGAACAAUAUAACUGUUAUAGGGUUAUAUUAUACCUCUGUGGAAAAUGGCGAAAACAAUUAGGAAAUAAUCCAGUUGUGAAUCUAGGACCGUAGGAUCAAGUUUGUACUGUACACACUGAAGCAGUAGCAGAAUCAGUCAUAGAUCUGCUGGUCUUUUAACCACGAUCAGUCACGAAGAAUGGAUAGGUGUCAUAUAUCACCCCCUGGUUAAUACGGGAGCAUGCGCAACAAUGACUGAACAGACACUGCAGUGUGGACCCGCCCAUGAAAAUCUACUCCGACGUUAGUGCCAGCGGCCUACAUGAAAUCACUGGUUGAUCCCUUUAGGCUUUCCUCCCGCUCUCUCAGAAGUCAACACUGUGCAGAGCCUGUGGGCUGUAGUCUCUAGCGGUAACACUCCCGGCCAGUCCCCACUCCCGGCCAGUCCCAGACGGCCUAUUGCAAUGAACAUUGGCCAGCGUACUAACACAAGGGAAUCUCUCGUUAAACCAUCAAUACGCGUUAAAAUCACCCGCACUGAUGAACUCGAUUGCAUCCAUCAUUGCCCACCGAUUUACCGCUCCUAAGAGCGGUUGUUGAGGUUCUUUUAGUCCUGAUUGCUGCCAACAUUUUCCAAGACUAUUUCGCCCUCUGGUGGUUAUCAUCAGAACAAAUUAAUCCUACCUUUUGAACAUACCAAGGGCGAAUUAUCUAUAUGACAAUUAUGCCGUACAACUGAAAUAAAGUAUUUCUUCAUUUACCACGGCAAAUCUACAGUACUGUGGUAAUUUACCCUACAUGUUGUAUGGAUGGAAAACUCAUGUUGUUGCAGCCUCUUAUUCAUUUCUAGUUUCCUAUAGUAUAUAGUAUAUAGUAUAUAGUAUAUAGUAUAUAGUAUAUAGUAUUUUUCGUGGUUGUCCUUGUGCUGUCCAUAUUUUAAAUGUGUAACUAAAACAAGUAAAUCGUUAUAUAAUCUAUAAUUUGUAUUGAAUAAAAAUGUAGCCUAAUAAAGUUAUUUCAAAUGGAACACACAUUAUUUAGCCAUUUAAGAUGAAAUUUUAAUGAAGUAUAGGCAUACUACUCCUAUAGUAUAAUAAGUAUUUUACAGUAUUUUACAGUCAUCAGCCUUAUGGUUUCUGAUGCUCCUGAUAUGUUAUUUAAUUGGGGGCGGGAAUAGAGAACCUAGGCAACGAAAGUUGCAGCUGUCUGGUAUCAACGCAAGAUCAGCUAAGUCACUGGUUUAUUGUUGUUGGGUUUUCGUUGCAAACAAGCUUGUUUUAGCACGCAGGUGCAUGUAAUCUCCCGUUAGAAUCGUUUUAAGAAACCCAGCACUAACACGGUGCUCCAUGCGAAGUUCUGUGUCUUCGUUGCAAUCUACCCCAUAUACUCUUCUCCCAACCGGAGACCGGGGUUCAUUCUCUGCGUUCACCCUUCCUACUGUGCUCCCACUUGCCUGUCUUCCUCUCUGUUUCCAGCUGUCUGAAUAAAGUGUAAAAUGUCAUUAAAAACAAACAACAUAUAUAUAUAUAUAUAUACACACACACACACACAGGUAACUGCCAAAAUAAAGGAAACACCAACAUAGGGUCUUAAUAGGGCGUUGGGCCACCAGAACAGCUUCAAUGCGCCUUGGCAUAGAUUCUACAAGUGUUUGGAACUCUAUUGGAGGGAUGUGACAUCAUUCUUCCUUGAGAAAUUCCAUAAUUUGGUGUUUUGUUGAUGGUGGCGUAAAACGCUGUCUCAGGCACUGCUCCAGAUUCUCCCAUUAGUGUUCAAUUGGGUUGAGAUCUGGUGACUGAGACACACACACCCUUUAAACCCCCUAUGCUACUUUGAGACCCCUCUUUCAAAGUCACUGAGAUCUCUUCUUCUAACCAUGGUAGCUAAAAAAUUGGCAACUGGGCAUUUUUAUACAUUACCCUAAGCAUGACGGGACCACACCUGUGUGGAAGUACCUGCUUUCAAUAUACUUUGUACCCUCAUUUACUCAAGUGUUUCCUUGAUUUUUGGCAGUUACCUGUAUAUAUAUAAAGAAGUCAAUACUGUCAUUUGACAUCUAACACUUUAUUUGAAUGCCAAUAGCAAUACAGCGUGAAAUUGAAAAAAGCCUAUAUGCCAGAUGGCAUCAUUUUUAGGCUAAAAUGAUGCUGUCUUAGGCUGAAUGCUUUUAGUCUGCGUGUAAUUAGUCAGAAUCAAGCUUCGUCAGUGAUGAUGAUCUGAGAUCUCAGUUGUGAGGUAUUUAAUGUCUAUUUACUUGUUUGGUGAGUAUCCCUACGCUCAGCUACUCUAGAUCCUAUAUUAUAUUAUAAUAUUAUAUUAUCCUAACCAGCGUGUGGUUUGGCGCUAACCUUGUAUUCCAGCAGGCAAAACUGGUUGAAAUGACAUAAUUACGUCAUUUCAACUAGUUUCUGGUUAUAUUGACAUUAUUUCAACCAGUUUUGCCCACUAGGAUGUUCCUGAUACAACAUACUCAAACCGUGUGGCAUUUUAAUUUAGCAUAGUACCGGCCUCCCUGUCUGCUUGGUGUAGACUCUGUUUAAUGCUUUUCUACCCAAUAGGGUGAACUUGGUCGUAAACUGUUGUUUGGAUUGAUGUGAAACACACACGGAUUGAUGUGAAACGCACACGGAUUGAUGUGAAACGCACACGGAUUGCAGUGAACGCUGAAUGGACGGUCUAUCGACCGGAAUGAUUUGUUGCUUUGUAGACACCUUGGGCUGUGUGGUCUGAAGUCUUCCGGUGCUUUGCUGACUGCCAAUAAGACCCGUUUCACACUGCUGAGCCGAGCUGAACUGUACACAUCCACCAUAGAAAAUAUCCAAACCAGUACAGUUUGGGUCGGCACGGUAGUGUGAAAAGGGUGUGUGUUUAGAGACAGAGUGCAUAUCUGUCUGGCUUCCUGGAUAUGGUUUGAGUCGUCUGUCCGCUACAAUGGAUAAAAACGUGUUGUACAGUAGAAAGAAAGUGUACCCAAACCCUCUUCAACCUGAACAAAAAGGGAAUCAGGUGCUGGACCCAAAAAGAAUUCCUUACCCCAGGAUACUUCAACAGGUGACUAUCUGGGAAAAUAUAGAAAAAGGAGCGCUCUGUGUCGGCUUUGGGCGCCUUCAUCAGAGCCUUGGGUAGGAAACCCUCCCGAGUGGCGCAGUGGUCUAAGGCACUGCAUCGCUGUGCCACUAGAGAUCCUGGUUCGAAUCCAGGCUCUGUCGUAGCCGGCCACGACCGGGAGACCCAUGGGGCGGCGCACAAUUGGCCCAGCGUCGUCCAGGGUAGGGGAGGGAAUGGCCGGCAGGGAUGUAGCUCAGUUGGUAGAGCAUGGCGUUUGCAACGCCAGGGUUGUGGGUUCGAUUCCCACGGGGGGCCAGUAUGAAAAAUAAAAAAAUUAUGUAUGCACUCACUAAGUCGCUCUGGAUAAGAGCGUCUGCUAAAUGACUAAAAUGUAUAUAGCCAAGCCUUGAUUAGUACUCACGUGGUCACGUGCGAUCGCUUAACACAGUGCUUCUUUUUCUUUAGUCACCUGUUGAAGUGUCCUGGGGUAAGGAAUGUUUUUUUUUGUGUUGUACAGUAGUUUUGUCUGAGAUGGUCUUGUAUGUGGUUACAUGAAUCAGGCAUGUCCUGUGUCUUUCCCCGGCAUUGCUUGUGUGGAAACCAACCGUAGCAGAAAUACACCGUAACAUUAGUGCAGUGUUCACCUUCCACCUCUAGUUCCAGAGAGCUACCCGGCGUGAAGGCUUUGGUUCCAGCCCAGCACUAACAAACGAAACUCUUUGUGAUCAGUCUGUCAGCUGAUGAUAGUGCAGGGCUGGAACAAAGACCUCCACAUCAAGAACUAGGACGGUCGGUGACCACUGCAGUAGGGUGAGUGACUGUCCUUGGGGACUGGGGAGGUGGUGUUGGCUGUAGUAGUGGUCCUGCCUGCGCCAGAGACCCCUCUAACCUCCUCUCCUAGCCCAGUCUGACUGAAGGGUGGUGGGGCUGCGGGCCUGGGUCUGUCCCCUCUCUGACUGCAGGCUUCGAAGGCUGCUCCAUGGUGCCCUCCAUCUACCCGCUGGAGACGUUGCACAACUCGCUAUCCCUCAAGCAGGUGGAUGAGUUCAUCACCGCCGUGUGUGAGACGGGAGGAGAUGCCCACUCCAGGACCACCAGAGGUAAUGUACUGUUACACACACACGGGAAAACCACAUGGAAACAUCUCGACGUGACAGAGAUAAGGUAUCACAGGCUAAUGAAACACACACUGGAUCACAGCCCUGUGUCGACCUCUCUCCUCACAGCCCUGUGUCGACCUCUCUCCUCACAGCCCUGUGUCGACCUCUCUCCUCACAGCCCUGUGUCGACCUCUCUCCUCACAGCCCUGUGUCGACCUCUCUCCUCACAGCCCUGUGUCGACCUCUCUCCUCACAGCCCUGUGUCGACCUCUCUCCUCACAGCCCUGUGUCGACCUCUCUCCUCACAGCCCUGUGUCGACCUCUCUCCUCACAGCCCUGUGUCGACCUCUCUCCUCACAGCCCUGUGUCGACGUCUCUCCUCGCUCAUCACACCCCUGUUUCAAUCUCUCAUCACACCCCUGUGUCAAUCUCUCAUCACACCCCUGUGUCAACCUCUCUCCUCACAGCCCUGUCGGCCAUGUUUGACUCUCAGAACCAGCCGUCAGUGGACUCCUACAUGCCUCAGAGAGUCCUCUCCUCCUCCGUAUCCCCCCGACAGCGCUCUGACAGACCUCCCUGGUGUGAGUGUCCACUCUUUUUCAUUUAAUUAAUUUAACUUUAGUUUGGAAGUUUGUUGAGAAGGAGUUGCAGUAGGGAGGAUUGAAGAGUAAUGAUUUGUGUUGAAGGUAUGUUUUUUUUUGUCUAGCAUAAAAUCAGUAGGUCUUAUUCUGGUGUGUGUGCAUUGUAAGUUAUAAUUUCUCAUUUUAAGGCUUACAUGUAAUUGCAUCCCUAGGCUCCACUUUCUGUGGGCUAUUUAAAGUGAUUUACUACUACAGUGGCCCACCGCAGCCUGUGUUGACUAACUGUGUUUCCAACCCUCUCCCACUCCCUCACCGCUGUCUUCUAUUGUCUUCUGUAACCCACUUAUUUCCUGAUUUUCAGAGGUGUGCUCGAGGACAGAAACGUUCUGUGUUUUAAUGGUGGUUUUGUUUUAAGUGAAAUCCCCAGGUACCAUUUCUUUAGCGGUGGGUGGGCUUGGCUUUUUUGUGUGCUAACUAGCUCACAAUUCUUUCUUCUCUGGUCAUGUCUUUCGCUGCACUCAAUUGUAACCUAUUAGCCACAAUUUUAAUAUGAUUAACAUGACCUUAGUAAAACAUAAUUGAAUUGAUAGAUGAAUGAUUGCUUGGUACAUUGAUUAAUUGAUCAUUUGGUUGGUCUCUGUCUCUGCAGACAGCAGCGGUCCGUCCAGUACAGUGUCCAGCGCUGGCCCCUCCUCCCCCACCACGGCAGACGCCUCCCCCCACUUCAGCUUCAGCGACAAGGCGCCCUUCACCCCCCAGAGCAACGAGGAGAUCCACUCCUGCCAUCACAACACAGGCCAGCAGGCCCCUACUGCUGGCCCCCAAACCCCCAAACUCUCCAAUCCCACCAGCCCCACGGAGGACCCAACCACCCCCUGCCAGACACCCCCAGAAGACAACCCCGAGGCCCCAGCCACCCCCAGCCACCUGCCCCUGAGUGGAAACUCUGAAACCAGGCAGGAGGAGCCAGGCGAGUCCCCUGCUUCAACUGAGGCCACUUGCGGUGAAGCGCCAGACCCCAGUCCAUUGAGCCUGCCGUCUUCCCCACUGGCAGACCUCUCUCUGGGACGUAUGGACGGCUACCUCCCUGGUUCUCUCCCGGUGCUCCUGGAGCUCAAAGAGAGCGGCAGUGAGGCAGGCUCCAGCGCACAGACGCCCCAGUCCCCAGAGGGGCCUGACGAAUUCUUUGACACCCAGGAGACGGUGGAGAUGUGGAGAGGCAGCCCAGGGAGCCUCCCACAUCCUGGGACUCCUCUGGAGGUGGGAGCCCCUCACACGUCAGAGCCCUAG